AUGGACGUCAACGUGAUUCCGAAUAAUAUGGAAAAAUACAUAUCAUUCUCGCUGGGUAGAAAUUUAGUCUUCAAAGACUCUAUACAGUUCAUGGCUUCUUCGUUGGAAGACCUUGUUAGCAACCUUUCAGCAGAGAACUUUAGGAUAGUAGGUAAGAGGUGGAAGGGUGAGGAUUGCAAUCUGGUGACACAAAAAGGAGUGUUCCCCUACGAGUUCCUAGAUGAUAUUAGCAAACUGAGUACGGAGGGUCUGCCGAGCAAAGAUAAGUUCUACUCUUCGCUGUAUGAGUCUGGGGUGAAGGAUGAAGACUAUCAAAGAGCGCAGAAAGCGUGGGAUCACUUCAAGAUGAAGACGAUGAAAGAUUACCAUGAUCUCUACCUGGAGACUGAACUUCUUCUGCUGGCUGAUGUAUUUGAGAACUUUAGGAGGACUUGCCUGGAUAACUGCAAGCUUGACCCAGCACAUUACGUGUCAGCUCCUAGUCUUAGUUGGGACGCUUUCCUGAAAAAGUCAGGUGAGCAUAUUGAGCUGGUAAGUGAUAUAGACAUGUUCCAGUUCUUUGGAAAGGGUAUGAGAGGUGGCACCAGUUAUAUUGCUCAUAGACACUCCACAGCGAAUAAUAAGUACAUCAAGACGUACAACGAAGACGAUGAGAGCAAGUUCCUUAUGUAGCUAGAAGCCAACAAUUUAUAUGGCUGGGCAAUGUCACAACCACUACCUAAUGGAGAGUUCGAGCGGGUUGAGGACGUUGAGAGCAUAAGGCUGGAGGACUACUUGGGAGACGACGGGAGAGGGAUGGUUUUGGAGGUGGACCUCGAAUAUCCCGAAGAACUUCACGACUUACAUAACGGUUAUCCUCUAGCACCAGAGAGAAAGGAAAUAGAUGAGUCUAUGUUGUCAGACUAUGCGAAGAAUAUUGCUGAGAAGUUCAAGUUGACAAUUGGAGGUGUAAGGAAACUAAUCACCUCAUUGGGGCCCAGGGAGAAGUACGUGUUACAUGUACGCAAUCUGAAACUGUACAUUGACCUUUGAAUGAAACUGACUAGGGUCCAUAGAGCGGUUACAUUCAAACAGUCCUGUUGGCUUAAGAACUACAUAGACUUCAAUACGAAGAUGCGAUCAACUGCUAAAAAUACAUUCGAAAAGAACUUCUUCAAGUUGAUGAACAACUCCAUAUAUGGUAAGACAAUGGAAAAUCUCAGUAAGCGUGUUGAUGUUAAGCUAAUGUCAUCCAAAGAAUAUCUCGUGAAAUUGGUGGCCUCACCGUGCUUCCAGUCGCACAGAAUCAUGAAUGAUAAUCUUUAUUUAUUUAUUUAUUUAGCUUUGCCAACUAGGGCAGGGUCACCGCAACAGCAUAUGCCAAUUACUGUGGGCCCUUUUUUACCUAACCCACCCUGUCAACUUUCCCUGUGGGAGGAAACCGGAGUACCCGGGGAAAACCCACGGCUUUCGGCAGAGCGUUGACUUUUGCACUUUUCACAUGGGGACUGGGUUCAAGUCGCACUGAGAAGGUACUUAGUGAGACUCGAACCUGCAGCCUCAGAGGUGAAAGGCAAGUGCGCUAACUUGGCCACCGAAGCCCCCUAAAUUAUUGUGGUAAAAAGGAUGAAAGAGGUACUGACACUCAAUAAGCCGUGCUAUGUGGGGAUGAGUAUACUUGAUCUUUCAAAGACGCUCAUGUAUGAUUUCCACUAUAACACAAUCAAGAAGGAGUACGGCAACAGGGCAAAGUUACUGUUUACUGAGACCUCCAGUCUCAUGUACGAACUGAAGACGGAUGACGUUUAUGAGGACUUCAAGAGGAUCGGUGAUGAGGAAGAUUGCUGGGAUAAUACAGAUUACCCGAGAGAUAGUCCUUACCAUUCAACUCACAACAAGAAGGUUAUUGGUAAGUUCAAGGAUGAGACUGGAGGUGUACCGGUAACUGAGUUUGUGGGGUUAAGGUCGAAGAUGUACUCAUACGUGAAAGAGAACGGUAAGGGUGGGAUGACAGCUAAAGGGGUUAAAAAGUAUGUCAUCAGGAAUAAGCUCACUCAUGAGAACUUCAAGAAUGUAAUCAGUAGUCGAGGUAGGAUGAGACACAAUAUGAACACUAUCAGGAGCACCAAACAUUCAAUCGGAACGUAUGAAAUGAGGAAGGUCACUCUGAGUUGCUUUGAUGAUAAAAGGUACUUGUUGGAGGAUAGAGUCACCAGUUAUGCUUACGGUAAUAAGAACAUACAAAGUCGUUGUUGAAGUAACCACACAGGGUGAAAAGGUUGAUGUCAACGAUGUACUUAGACAGCAAAGGCAUACCCCCUUGUGUUCCCACAGUGGUAAGUUGAAAGUUGGCAAAGAGGCUCUGGAAUAGUGAAAUUAGACGAUAUUGGAGAAGUGUAG